AUUCAGGUGCAAACGGAGAUGUACCUGGAGGAAUUGAAAGACUUUCGAGAAGAGAGGAACAAUUAUUGCCAGACGGAUCUAUUUAUAGACAGACCACCAACUCCAUACUUCGUGCCAGAAAAAAUUGGCCUCGACAAAGAGACCCAAAUCUACGAUGGGGAAUUAUUCGAUUUUGACAUCGAGGUUUUACCAGUGUUAGAAGUGCUGGUAGGUAAAGUUGUGGAACAGGCUCUACUCGAGGUCCAGGAAGAAGAGGAGCUGGCCGCCCUCAAGGAACAGCAAAGGAUUUUUGAAGAACUCCGGAAUGCCGAUUUUGAAGAGCAGCAGCGAUUGGAGGAACAAGAAAGGAGGAUUAAACAGGAAAAGAUGGAAAGAUUGAGACAAGAGAUAAGCAGGCAGAAGAGGGCGAAACAGUUGGAGAAGAAAAUCAGCGCCAUAGCCUAUUCGAAGGGGUACAUCGGGAACCUAAUAUCCGGGACGUUUGGGGAUUUGAUAUCCGGGAAAUAUUUUUACGACGAUAAGGAAAAAGAUAUCGAAUUAAACUUUUGGGAGAGCCUACUGAAUGAGACAUCCCAGAAUAUAAAGAGCAAUGUGCUUGGGAGACGCCUAUUGGAC